AUGACGUAUGCGAAGUUGGGACAUUUAUUAGCACACUAUCUGAUAAAAAGGGGUCUAGUGGGCAAACAGGAACUGUAUAAGGAAUUCAUAUGGACAGAUAUAAGAGGCCUACUCGAAGAAUUUGUGGAAAAUAUGCAGAACGAGGACCUAGACACCCUUGCAGCUAAUUGUUUAAACCACGGUUACACAUAUCCGCCUUGGGGACCACGACCGAUCGUAGCUAAAAUGGGAGACAGAAUUAUGUGCAGACUCAUGUCACGAGCAUUAUUUUUCAUGAAUGAAUGGCCUACGCCGUCCGCCAGGACGGACCAUACAGACCCUCAGAAUGAAGAGUUGAAGGAACAUAUAAGGUGCGCCAUAGUAAAUGUAUUUAUGAACAUAUUGAACGAAUCUACAUGCAGAAGUAGAAUGGGCAUACAUUAUGCCUGGGAGGUUGUGAAAGAGCUGCACAAAGGUUUGCCAGCACUCAUUAUAAACAGCAAGUGCCAGCAGGGAGAGUUUGAAAACAUACAAAUAGGAGAAUUUGACAUGGCAGAGAAGAUUAAGGAAUGGUUAAAGAAAAACCCGAGCUUGACUGACAAAAUUGGAGGCAUGGGUAUAGACAGCACAUGUAGGAAAAGCGUAGCACAACUUGACGGGGCCAGGCAGGACGCAAAUGACAUGGAUGCCAAAAUACAACUGCAGCAAGAGGAAAAAGAAGCUGUACGUGAGUUAGGCCAAGCAGUGAAAACCAUAGUUGAGGAGGUAAAGACAGAGGUAGAGCGCUGCGCGCAGGAAACUGCAGCAUGCAUUGAGUCUAUCGACGCUGUCACCCGUAGCAAUCCGCAGGAAGAUGACAGUGAGGCCAUAGUAUCGAACUCUGUCGCCGGCGGCACAACAGCAACGGAACCGACAGAGAAAGACACGCAGGACACGGACACGAACAAACCAGGCACGCGACAGGAACUUGCAGGAACAGGCGCAGCCAAGUCAGGGACAACGAAACCACAAGCACCGGCAUCUCCAGUAUUACCACAGGCACCAUCAGGAUCAGGCAGGAACGAUAGCACAGCAGGCCCUGACGGGCAACCACAAGCACCGGCAUCUCCAGUAUUACCAGCAAGACCACCAUCACCUCCUCAACCAAAGACCGAAAAUGAUCAGGCAUCACCGGGACAGGGAGCACCAGGAGACGACGUACCACAACCCCCACCUGCGGCACCACCGAGGCAACAACACCCAGCAGCAGGGGAAAAGAAGAAGGAACCAGUAGAGGAUACAGAUGUGAAAGGUAAGGACACUAAUACCAUGGAGGACCAGUGGGAUUUCCUAGAUAAUAUAGAUCCCUUACCUGGGGAGGAACGCCCAGAUCCCAGAAUUACGGACGAAACCGAUAAGUAUAGUACGGGGGGUCCUUGGGGUCUCCCUGGGGCUGCAAGAACGAUAAGUAUAUCGAAGGGCACGUCAGUUACUACACUGAAUGUACCAACAGGGAAGGAGAAAUCAGAUAGUAUACCAGCGCCAGAGCCAGAACCACCGGCAGCAUCGAGAGAACAGAAACCAGGAGAACCUACAAGUGCAGGCAAAUUACCAUCACAAACACCAUUACCGGAGCCACCAUCAUCAGCAGACGCUCCGGCAACGGAAUCCGCAGGAACAGGAGCAGGGGAAAGUGGAAGUAAAGCUGAUAAGGCGGAUCAUCCCACCGGCUGGGUCCAUGUGGGUGGAAGUUCCCAGAAGGAUAAUACAAGUGAUAGCUUCUGGGGUUCAGCAAAGGACGAUAUAGGAUGGGACACUUAUUUCCCAUGGGAUAAACCGGGCACGACAAAAACACAGAAACCUGUUGGCUCACUUCGUCCUGUUCUCUCUUCAUACGAUAAAAGUUCAUUCGGGUGUAAUGACGCCGAUGGCCUUAGCGGGCACACAUCAUGCGAUCUCAGGCUUCCCCCCGCUUCACCACCGGAAGGAAUAAACGCAGGGGGAGGAUUCGUACCACCCGCCCCCGAAGAUGGGCCCCGUUCCCAGAAUGACGAUCCUGGUGGGGUCCACGGUGGCCCCUUCUUUCCCGACCUAACCGACACCGUCCUUACCGCCACUACUCCCAUCCUCGUCUUCGUCACUUCGGUCAUCUUCGCCCUCCUUAGUUAUUCCCUUUGGAAAUACUUUGCGUACCUCGGAAAACAACGACGACGAAAGUUUCGAACCGUUCGUGACGUGCCGUCACCGCCACUCGACGAAGAAAUAUUGCAACAUCUACAACGAGGCGACCUGCCGCCACCCGAUUACGGGUACACCAUGGUUAGGGAUAGGCGACCUGCGUCAACAUCCGGUAGAGGACGCCCCCCGCGCGUGCAUAAGCGCACGCUCAUCGAGCUACAUCUAGAAGUGCUCCACGAAUGUGAAGCAGCCGAGUGGGCAAACGUCAAAGAGCACUAUUGGCAGAUUGUCGUGGAGGAGUUUGCACAGGAGUUUGCGCAGGAUUUGAUGCGGGACAAGGACACGAAUAACAACAUCUUGGGUGUGCCUACCUCAAAACAGGGUUUAUCAGGGAACCAUGUUUCCUUCACCAUGGAUCCACCCAGUGACUCCGACGGCAUACAUCCAUGUCCACGUAACGACGAUAACCCCGAUCCAUGGACUUGCAUGGAAACUAUACCGUUAGCAACGGACCCUUCUGCUUCUAACGAAGAGGACCGAUGGAGUUGUAUGGAAACCAUACAGUUAGCAACGCACCCUUCUGCAUCCAACCACGAUGACCCCGAUCCAUGGAGUUGGAAGGAGAAAUCAGAUAGUAUACCAGCGCCAGAGCCAGAACCACCGGCAGCAUCGAGAGAACAGAAACCAGGAGAACCUACAAGUGCAGGCAAAUUACCAUCACAAACACCAUUACCGGAGCCACCAUCAUCAGCAGACGCUCCGGCAACGGAAUCCGCAGGAACAGGAGCAGGGGAAAGUGGAAGUAAAGCUGAUAAGGCGGAUCAUCCCACCGGCUGGGUCCAUGUGGGUGGAAGUUCCCAGAAGGAUAAUACAAGUGAUAGCUUCUGGGGUUCAGCAAAGGACGAUAUAGGAUGGGACACUUAUUUCCCAUGGGAUAAACCGGGCACGACAAAAACACAGAAACCUGUUGGCUCACUUCGUCCUGUUCUCUCUUCAUACGAUAAAAGUUCAUUCGGGUGUAAUGACGCCGAUGGCCUUAGCGGGCACACAUCAUGCGAUCUCAGGCUUCCCCCCGCUUCACCACCGGAAGGAAUAAACGCAGGGGGAGGAUUCGUACCACCCGCCCCCGAAGAUGGGCCCCGUUCCCAGAAUGACGAUCCUGGUGGGGUCCACGGUGGCCCCUUCUUUCCCGACCUAACCGACACCGUCCUUACCGCCACUACUCCCAUCCUCGUCUUCGUCACUUCGGUCAUCUUCGCCCUCCUUAGUUAUUCCCUUUGGAAAUACUUUGCGUACCUCGGAAAACAACGACGACGAAAGUUUCGAACCGUUCGUGACGUGCCGUCACCGCCACUCGACGAAGAAAUAUUGCAACAUCUACAACGAGGCGACCUGCCGCCACCCGAUUACGGGUACACCAUGGUUAGGGAUAGGCGACCUGCGUCAACAUCCGGUAGAGGACGCCCCCCGCGCGUGCAUAAGCGCACGCUCAUCGAGCUACAUCUAGAAGUGCUCCACGAAUGUGAAGCAGCCGAGUGGGCAAACGUCAAAGAGCACUAUUGGCAGAUUGUCGUGGAGGAGUUUGCACAGGAGUUUGCGCAGGAUUUGAUGCGGGACAAGGACACGAAUAACAACAUCUUGGGUGUGCCUACCUCAAAACAGGGUUUAUCAGGGAACCAUGUUUCCUUCACCAUGGAUCCACCCAGUGACUCCGACGGCAUACAUCCAUGUCCACGUAACGACGAUAACCCCGAUCCAUGGACUUGCAUGGAAACUAUACCGUUAGCAACGGACCCUUCUGCUUCUAACGAAGAGGACCGAUGGAGUUGUAUGGAAACCAUACAGUUAGCAACGCACCCUUCUGCAUCCAACCACGAUGACCCCGAUCCAUGGAGUUGUAUGGAAACCAUACAGUUAGAUACACAACGCGACCCGUACUCCUCCCCGCGGAAUGAAUGCCCGCUCCGCGACCACACUAAUUGGAUUAACUGGAUUGAGCGUCACAAGCAUCUAUUGCGCGCGUGCACGAUGCAGCCGUGGUUUUUGCAAUUAAAAGCGGAUUGGAAACAAUACCUGCGUGAGCGCAUGGCGGCAACCGGAGCAUCCGGUGACCACAGGAAAGCCGCAACCAUGGAAAGCACGAAACUGCGGUUGUGGAAAGAAUGGGUAGCGCAACAACAUCGGCAAAUGCGUAUGUAUAAGGAGCAGUGGUGUAAACAUUUGUUGCAUAAUGUAGAGGAGGAGACAGUACCGGAAAAAGGCGAAGAACAUAUACUGGAAAAAGACUUAGAAGUGGAAACAGUAAUGGCCGCAGAAGAUAUGCUAACAGUCACGGCUGUUCCACGCCCGCAACUGCAUCCGCAACCUUACAUGAAAAAACGGUUAAUUGCCAAAUUGUGGAUGCUACUCCUCGCGUCCGUAAUCGAAGAGUGCGAAUUCGAGAGUAGUAUGCAGGAGAAGGAGUUAUAUUUGGAUGAUCUAUUGCAACAGUGUUCACAUUAG